AUGGCAGAAGCGCCGCCGCCAAAGAAGCGGAAACUCGAUGGUCCAUGGUUUCGUGACUGUCUGCAAGAGUUUGAUGAGACCGUGAAGACGAAUGUGGCCACAAAGCUGGACAAAUUCUCAGAAAAAGACCUCUACACAGCCACUUUUGAUGCUUUGAUGAGUCUACUGAAAUCAGCAAUUAGUGAUGAGAACCUUAGAGAGCAGGUGGCCUUGCGGCUGCACAACAAUCUUCGCGCAGUCCCAGUGCAAGAUGAUCUUUGCAAGUGGCUCGAAGAAGCUGUCCAGAAGAAGCCAAGCGAGUGGAAGGCAAACGAGGUGAAGGAGUUUGACGCCUACAUUCUUGGGAAUGUAGAUAUGAAGAAGAAGUUGAUUGUGCGAGAUUGCUUUGUAAAGAUGAAGGACGAAGCAAUGAAAUGGCUGAGAGGGAGGCUGGAAAAUUUACCUAUUGGACUUUUCGUCAUCACUGGCACUCCCGGCAUUGGCAAGUCGAUUUUCCUUGCCUACAUGGCUGGGUUCUUGGCAGAGAAGAACUAUGACAUUGUGAUCCAAAGAGGUCAGGAAUGGUGGUCAAGAGCCCGUGGUAAGAUCGUUGCACAUGGUAGGGAAGAGCCUUUGAACUUUCUCAAGAACGCAGAGACAGUGCUGUUGUUUGACCCCAUCGGAGGUGAGAACAGGACGCCUCUACAGAACCGAGACAUGGGAUGCAGUAUGGUCUUCACAUCACCCAGCAGGUCAAGCUACCAUUCUGCAUACAAUCAGCAACGGGUUCAUAGUGCUGUCCGGUUCAUGCCUGUAUGGACAAAGGAGGAGGUUCAAAGAUUCAAACAUGUUAUGUUUGCGCCAGAUCCUCUAGAAGAGUCUGUGAACAAGGCUUACUCAUCACUUGGUGGCACUGUGCGCUUAUUGCAGCAGCAUUUGAUACAAGAAGAGUCUGUAGAGAACAUUGUUGAGAACUACAUGGGCGGAAUCAGCACUGCGGAACUCAAGCACGUUGCGAAUGUUACAGUUGUCGUGGGUCUGCUUGAGAAGAAACUUGAGAUCCGUGGAAAGCAAGAGCGCUUAGAUUUCAUCAACACCUUUAUGUCCAUGAGCCCUUUGGGCACUGUGGUUGGCAGUUUCUUUGAGAAGCACGUGAAACAAGAGCUGACAUCUGACAAAGCAAUGAAGCUAGCGCUCAAAGGUAUUUGCGCAAAGGGCAUCACCAUCAUUGUUCCAAACAAAGAGGAAGAAGUGAAGAAGGCGCCAGACCUUACAAAGAUUUUGCCUGACCGAUUGUAUUGCCCUUCGUCAAAGACUUUCCCGGCUGCAGAUUUUUUCUUCGUAACUGUCAAAGCCAAAAAACAAGAGGAUCUGACCCUGUGGCUGUUGCAGACCACCAAGGCUGAGGGACACUCAUUCAAACUGAAAGCCCUGCAAGAUGUGAUGAACAAACACUUCGAGAAG